UAUAGGGAUGGUAGGGACAUAUCACAAUCAAUAUUUGGGGAAUACAAAAUAAUCCCUACUAAUAUUUACCAUUUUAUUUUAAUAUAGCGAAAAUCUACAUUUAGUAAUGUAAUAUUUCAAUAUACUACGCAGUGGUAGCAUUAAUUUAAACGUUUUGUUUAUGAGAGGUUCCGAGAUCUAUUCGGAGCUCUGACGACCCAUGUCGCUAUUUCAUUGGCUGCAACAGAGCGAUGGUCAUCAGUGGUGCCAGUCAGGUAGCCUCACGCGAAAGCAGAGGUCCAUGUGCUGUGGUGCUGAAAGCGGCAACGCAUCUGGCUCGUAAUGGCCCGAAACUGUAUAAAUUUGUCAUUCUGAAUUUGACCACUGUUCUACUUUAUAAGCUUAAGAGACAACAAUGCCAUUGCCACCAAAAAAGAAACGGGACAUUAGAAGUUAUUUCACCACCGCGACAGUAAGUAUAGUGCGCCCAGAAGUUUGAUAUUUAGCUGUGUCGCGGAACACAAUUAUUGCAGCGUUCAGUGAAGGCUUAGCUAAGUGUUCUAUUUCCUCCUCCCCUCCCGUGUCUUUUUGGAGUGCUAGUUUUAACUGUCUGUAGUAGCCAACAGAAUAAAGCCCUGGCAGAUACAUGCAGUAAACACGGGAAGUCAUGGAAAGAUGCUGAUAGCUCCUGUUUUAAUUAGUUAGUUAGUGCUAGUGUAGCCUGGUGGCUAUAAAGCUUGCCAGUUGUUGUCGCUAAUUAAUGAAAACUCUGUGCAUGAAAUUAGACAACAGAAGACAGAUGCAAGCCUUGUGCAGGUUAAGAAUCUGUGCUUUUGUCACUAUAGUUUUCUUUUUGUCCAGUUUGAACUCAGUCAUAGCAUAAUUUCUUUUCACCUGAGCUAAAUACAUCAUGGCAACAUGUAGGCUAUAUUCCAGUCCUCAUGUUUGUUAAAAAUGGGUUCAUGAAUCUUUUUCAUGAACAUUUUGUUUGAUUACAUAGGACACAAAGAAGUGUAGUGCCAACCAGGAGGAGGUUUUGACAGAGGAAGCAGAACCUCCAGGUGGUCAGGUGAGGUGUAAAGUUAAGAACAGGCAUAAGUAGGUCAGCAAUGACACUGAAUGUGAUGUAGAAUAGGUCUACUAAUUAUAUAAUAUUUUUGUUUUCACAUAGGAUGUUCAGACAUCCAGUGAAGGGGCAGGACAGAUAGAAAGAGAGGUGGCUGGAGCUUCAGGGCUCCAGGAGGCAGUCAGUGUGAGCGCCAGUGACCAUCAAGCAAGUCAGGGUAGCAGUGUCCUGGACAUUGGGAGUGCGCCAUACCAGCCUGAUGCAAAAUUCAUUUCAGCACAGCAGCUGUCCAAUAGGAGGCUGCUGUUUCAGGCCAAAUGGUUUAGUCUCUAUCCAUGGCUGCAUUAUAGCCCCACCAUACAAAAAGUUCUUUGUUUUGAGUGUGUCAAAGCCUUUACGAUCAAAAAGACCUCCCUAGAAAAAAAAACACGAUCCUGCAUUUAGCCUAAAUGGUUUUGGCAAUUGGAAAAAUGCUUCUGAGAGCUUUACCCGCCAUCAAAAUAGCAAAGCACACCUUCAUGCGGUCACUGUGAAUGCAAUAGAGCAAACUCCAGUCCAUACACAGCUGGCCAGUGCUUUAGCCAAGACGCAGCAGGAAGUCAGGCAUUGUCUUGUGGAAAUUAUGGAGUGUGUGAGGUAUCUGGCUAGGCAGGGACUUGCAGUGAGAGGGCAUGAUUCAAAUGAGGGUAAUUUGUUCCACCUUCUGAAGUUAAAGGCAAAGGAUGACCCAGUCCUAACUUCCUGGCUGACUCGCUGCCAUGAUUAUGUAAGUCCGCGGUGCCAAAAUGAAUACUUGGCUUUGUUUGGCAACACAAUUGUGAGAGGAAUUGCCACAAUGAUUAGGUCCCUCCCUGUUGUCCAAUUUUCCAUCAUUAUGGAUGGAACCCAGGACAUCCAGGGCAAAGAGCAGGUCUCUAUAUGCCUGAGAUAUGUUGAUAAAGACCUGGUGCCAGUGGAAGCAUUUCUGGGCUUGUACGAUACACCAGCAACAACUGGUGAGCAGAUGGCAAAACUAGCUGUGGACAUGCUCCUCAGACUAAACCUGCCUAUCUCAGGUUUGCGAGGACAGACGUAUGACGGGGCAGCAAACAUGGCAGGGCGUUUUUCUGGGGCCCAGGCAGUGCUUAAAAAGGAGCAGCCCCUGGCAUUGUAUGUACACUGUGGCGCACAUUGUGUCAACCUAAUUACACAAUGUGCAUGCAAUUCCUCACCAUUACUGCGUGAUGCGCUUCAGUGGGUCCAUGAACUUGGAACACUGAGCAACCAAUCCGGCAAAUUUAAAGGCAUACUGGCACAGCAUACUGUACCAGAGGGGCCCACCAGGACAGUUAAACCACUCUGUCCCACAAGAUGGACUGUCCGUGGGCAAGCUGUGCAGAUAGUCCUCAGUGAAUAUGAGGCUAUCCUAAACAGUCUGGAGGAAAUGGCCUCAUUUGGUUCGGACACAGGCAAAUGGUCUAUUGGAGCGAUUCCAAAAGGGGAAGACCAUUCUGGGCCUCUUUCUAGCCACAGAGGUGCUCGGAGAGCUUGAGUGUUUGAACAAAUCCCUGCAGAAUCGUUCCCAAACAAUUGCUGGCAUGCAGACUGCAGUUCUAUAAGUAAGCUCAACUAUUCAGGAGGAAAGGACUGAGGAAAAGUUUGCAGAAUUGUUUGAGAAGGCAGUGCAGAUGGUGGAUACUUUCGGGAUUGAGGCUAUUGAAAUUCCUCACCAAAGAAACCCCCUAGGAGAUAUACUGGUCAGGCUAGUCAUCAUCAGCCAAAGACAGCAGAGGAGUUCUACAGGAUUGAGUUUUUCAAGGUCUUGGACUGUUUGGAUAUGCAGUUCAAAGACAGAUUCAACCAACCUGAUCUGGAGAAAUUCAAACAGGUUGAGGAUGUGCUCCUCACCGGUAGGCUUAAUGACACUAUUGGAGAGUAUCCAGAGAUUGACAGGGAGAGACUGAGGAUUCAGCUUCCCAUGUUUCUCAACAAGCAUGCACUGAAAUCAAGUGGAGAAGCUGCAGAUAUCCUGAGAGGGAUGCCCAGUGAAGUACGUGGCCUGUUUGAUGAGGUGGAGAAACUUGUUAGGCUGUUGUUAGUUAUCCCUGUGGCAUCAGCGGAAGCUGAAAGAAGCUUCAAUGCUUUGAAAAGGCUAAAAACCUGGCUGAGGUCGACAAUGACCCAACAGCGCCUUAACAACGUCAGCGUAUGCCGUGCAUCAAACAGCACUUGACCUCAUUGAUUUGAAAGAAAUUGGGCAGCAGUUUGUGUCUGCUAAUGACAGACGGAGGCAUGUGUUUGGUGUAUUUAAAUAACAUUACAGACAUAUUCAUACCCCUGUAAAAAUCUGCAGAUUACACUGCAUUUAGAUGGGUGUAAAAGUUCUAAGCAUUUAUAUUUACAUAUUUAGUUUUGCCAGUUGAUAAACACAGAUGCACAUAAGCAUGCAACAAACACUGCAAUA